GUGUGCUAUACUUCCUGCAGCUGUUCUGUGGGUGACACAUGGCUGAAGGCGAUUAAUUCACUAUUUUUGUACAUUGACCUGUGUUCUAGAAUUCAUCAUGGCUGUUAUGGGGGUGCAGAUGGUGGUGACCCUUCUGGUGGCCACGGUCAUGCAGAGAAUAUCUCCUCAUGUCUCAUUUGGUCGUUGGCUUUUGUGCAACGGAAGCUUGUUCCGAUACAAACAUCCCACAGAAGAUGCGCUUCGAGCUCUAGCUGGGAAGCAAAAACCAAAAGCCAAAAGAGAACGGAGGGUAAAUGGGGUAGCAGAUGAGAAGCCAUUGACUGUCCCCAGAGACAUAGAUCUGCACUUGGAUACACAGCCAAUUACUACUAUCGAUGCUCUUGUGCUUCGCUAUUUCCUGGAAUACCAGUGGUUUAUCGACUUUUCCUUGUACUCUACCAUUAUCUACCUGUUCACUGAGGGAUAUUUUUGUCUGGUUGAUGCCCAAGAUGAGUUCAAUAUUGGUGUCCUUUGGUGUCUAAUGACCGUACUUUUCUCUAUUAAAGUCCUGUUCACCGUAAUGCAGCAUUAUUUCCAUUCAGUGGAGGGUGGAGAGAGAUCGGUCUGCCUGACAUUUGCCUUCUUUUUCCUUCUCAUUGCUAUGAUUGUGAUGAUCGUCCGAGAAGAGUAUCUGGAGUUUGGGCUGGAACCAGGUCUGACCAACUUUUGUCAGAACUUGGAACGUUUCUUGAAGCAGCAAGGAUGGCAAAGCUCAGUUCCUUUCAUCAAACUUGCUUUCAAAAUUGCACUGGUGGCCCUGUGCUCUUUCAUUGGUGGGUGCCUCACAUUUCCUGGGCUGCGAUUGGCACAGACUCAUCUGGAUGCACUUAAGAUGGCAGCUGACAGACCAAUGCUCCAGCUCCUGCUUCAUGCGAGCUUCCUUCCACCUGUCAUUGUGGUGGUCCUGUGGAUCCGACCCAUUACCAGAGACUUCCUGCUUCAUGCACCAAUGGGCAAAGAGACUGUACAGCUAAUGUCUAACUCUGCAUAUAAUACAUUCCGGCUGUGGAUCAUCGUGGUUCUGUGUGUCUUGCGUCUAUCGUUGACUCGAUAUCACUUGCAAGCGUACUUAGGUCUAGCUGAACAAUGGGUAGAACGUAUGAAGAGAGAGGCUGGGAGGAUCUCCAUGUUGGAGAUUCAGCGAAAGAUCUCCCGCAUAUUCUGCUACCUGACUGUGGUCGCUCUGCAGUAUCUGGCUCCUAUAAUGCUUACCAUCCACUGUGUGUUGCUGCUGAAAUCUCUGGGUGACUAUUCAUGGGGUUUAUACCCAGAGCCUCCUGGUUUCACUCCUGCUGUAGACCUCUUUCCUACCCAACAGCCACCCACCUCCUCCUCUGAUGAAGAUGAUGACUCAGAGGAUGUCCAGGCAGCUGUGGAGCAGAUCAUGGGGGCAAUGAGUGCCGUGCGAAGCCUAUUCACUCCAUUAUUUUAUAGGGGUUUCUUUUCUUUUAUGACCUGGUGGGUCUCUGUCUGUCAACUUGUUACAAGUCUUUUUGGCCUCUACUUCCACCAGUACCUUGGAGCUUUAUAAAGCAAGUAAAUGGAGGACAGAAAGCAGGUUUCUUGUGUGUCUUAACGUCUUGGCGUGUCCCCACUGCUCGGUGGACAAUGAUUAUCUGAACUUGCCUACUUGUUAUCUCAGGUACCAUCGUAUCGAAAUAUAUUUUUAAUAAUCUAUAAAAAAAAAAAAAAUAAGGGAGCUAGGGGGGAAAAAAACUACACAUAAGAGACAUUUUGCAUGGUUAGCUUGUCAGUACUACCAGUGGUAGUGCAUAAUAUAUCAAGUGUACCUUACCCUGCAUGGGAGCUCUUUUCAGUGUUGCAGUAGAGGUGCAAUUAAUCCAGAAAACUAAAAUGCAGGACUCAUGGAUGCUCCCUUCUGGUGCCAUUACAAACUACUCUUAUAGAAAAUAUGACCUUUCUGCCUUGUGAAUAAAUGAGUAACUCUACCUCGGGGUUUUUAAUGAAUGUUUGUAGAGACUUUGGGUGAUUUUGUUCUUGGAACAUUAUAUGAUUGGAAUUCAUAUCUUCUGUUUCUCAUCACAUUUUGUGUCCACCUGCUUUUAGUUAUGCAAUGGGCUCUUGCAUGACUAAUGC